CGACGAAGCAGCGUAGCAAUUGCUGGAUCUCUGAUGGUUCGGCGCAAUGAUCGCACCCCUGGAUUUGUUUAUGAGCACGUCUUCGCCCAGUGCCUCCACGCCCUCCACACCACGGUUGCGCACCACCGUCAUGGAGCCGAAGGAGAGAGAUGGAUUCUUGGCGAUUGCUGGAGAUGACAGGGGCACACGGCUGGAGUUUGAGGGCCCUGAAGCAUGGCUUCAUGUGUACGAUCUCAAUGGGACCGAGGUGGCCAACAAUACUUUGCAUCCUCUUGGACUUGGAUUAUUCCAUGCCGGCUUGGAGGUGUACGGUGUUGAGUGGUCCUUCGGUGGUUGUCCACUGCCGCCGGGGGCGCUCCCGUACACGGGGGUCUCGCCCAUGCGGCCGCGUAGCUGUCCUUGCGCCACCUACCGCGAAUCCGUCUCCUUGGGCCCGAUCCCGAUCUCCGCCCAGGAAGUGUGGCAAAUCUUGGUGAAGUUGGCCGCCCGAUGGUUGAGCCAUGAGUAUCACCCGUUGAAGCGGAAUUGCCUGGACUUUUGCUCGGAGUUUUCCAGAGCCUUAAGACUACAAGAAGUACCUGGCUGGCUGGGGCGGCUGGCUUCGGCUGCGGACUUCCUUUUGUCACCGGUUCUAACCGUUCUGGAUGCCUUCCACCUGCUGCGAGAUGCUCCGGAAGCUUUAGUUCGAGAUGAGGCGUCAGUGAGCCCAUGAGCCAUCCUAAGAAACAUGCUAUGAAAUACAGAAGGUGCAAGAGAUGUACUACGAGUUGAGUUGAGAUGAUUUGAUUCAGAUUUGAUCAAUGUACUUGGAGACCAAGGAAGACCAGAUUUCCGCCCCGAUUUGAUCAAUUAGGUUCCCUCUCAAACGCUGGACGACAAUCCCCGGUUUCUUCUUCCGUCUUUGGAAGAGCUCAAUGAACUUGGAAGGAACAUCGCAGGCUUGCAGAUGCUGCCGCAGAGGCUUGCGGUUGCAAUGUUCAAUCGGUCCGUGCCCGAUUCCCAAGGGCGCUCCCAAAAAGUACGACAAGACUACGCCCACUUAGAGGCUUCAGAGAGAAUAUUAUGUUUGAAUUGUCACCCGCAUACUCUUUCCUCAAAGUGAGCAUGUUGGAUUCUUGAAGUGGGUGACAGAACCAUUCUACCAGAUAAUAUAUAUAGAUACUGGCUGGCUGCUAGCUGGCAGGCACUGCCUGACUGGAGGGACGAAACUUCUUCGCAAGACGCUGAGGCGGAGGCACACUGCAAUUGGCUCACGCUGAGUGAGGGUGCCUCAAGGGCCUGGACGUCUUUGGAGACAGAGGUGGUGCUCGACUUCCAAGAGCAGCUCCUGGGAGUAGAGCAGCUCAUGGGAGGGCAAAUGUGGGGAGUGCGAGCACCAAAAUACCUACCAUAAAAGAAAUCACCAACGACAUUUUGUGCCCAGGGACCAGCCAGGGAAUGGGUGACUCUCCAUAUUUUUUCUCGCAACCCCUGAGAUUCUUCCAGACUUUUGACGGCACAUCGGCUUGAUGUCUCAUCUUCCUAGGGGGUUGACCAUGCCGCAGUGUGACAUGAGGUCUGGUUGGGCGGGCGUGGAAAUGAAGGCUUGCCAUAUUCAGUGGGAGAAGGAGUUGGAGGAAAAGCGUCAACAAUCUUUGUUGGCAUUCCUUUGAAGAGUUUCACCUGCUCGGGUCGUGGGCGGCCAAGCGGCAGCAGUGCUUCUUGCGCUUGGCAUUUUCAUUUUCCCCGAUGCCACAAGAGCAGCGUUGGGAGAGCGUUAGGAGAUGUUGCCGAUCAGAAAAGA